AUGUACAAAUACCAGAUGAAGGAAGUGUUGAAUGAGAAAUGCACUAAGAAGGUACUGGAAUAUGAUAGUGAGGGACAAUACUUGUCAGACCUGAGGAUAGUUUUGCUUGGAGGCAGGAACGCUGGCAAAAGCUCGGUAGGAAAUAUCAUCUUAGACAGCGAGGAGUUUGUCUCCAAGGAGCGCACCACGAGCCUGAGGAGAAUCUCCGAGGCUCAUGGAAGAAGACUCGUGGUAGUGGACACCCCUGGCUGGUGGUGUGACUUCCAGGAGCGGGACAGCGCCGAGUUGGUCAAAAGGGAGGUAAUCUAUUCUGUGUCCUUGAGUCUCCCAGGCCCACACACCUUCCUCCUUGUCAUAAAGGCGGGAUCGCCAUUCACGGAAAAGAGGAGGAGGGCUGCUGCAGAACAUCUGGAACUUCUUGGAGAGCAUGUUUGGAGUCACACUAUGGUGUUGUUCACCAAAGGAGAACACUUGGGGCGUAGAACCAUAGAACAGCACAUUGAGGAGGGAGGAAAAGCACUUCGUUGGCUUUUGGACAAGUGUGGAAACAGAAGUCACGUCCUCAACCUUCAGAAUGGGCGGGAUGUCAGCCAGAUUACAGAACUUUUAGAGAAAAUUGACAAAUUGGUCAGAGGAAAGAGUGACUGCUAUUUUGAAAUGAAAGAAGAGAUUUUAUGGGAGGUGAGAGAGAGGAGAAGAGUCGUGAUAGAGGGUGCUGAGUGGCGUCUGCUGAGACAGCAGAAGCAAAGAGCAGUCUUAAAGGGUGAAUUUCUCCCAGACAUACGUAUUGUGCUGCUUGGAGCAAGGAGUUCUGGAAAAAGCUCAAGUGGGAGUACCAUUCUGGCCAUAGGAGGGGAAAAAGAGUUCAGAGCUUGGGGACGGACCGCUCGGUGUGUGGUGGGGGCAUGCAAGGUCAGUGGGAGACAGGUCACCGUGGUGGAUACGCCUGGUUGGUGGAUGAACUAUUUUACACAUGACACAUCGGCAUAUGACAAGAGGGAAAUUCUCCGUGGCAUGUUCCUGUGUCCGCCUGGUCCUCAUGUUUUCCUCCUGGUUGUCCGCAUGGACAGAAUGUUCACAGAGACUUACAGGAGAGCUGUACAGGAGCAUGUAGAGCUUCUUGGUGAGAGUAUCUGGACUCACACUAUAGUGCUGUUUACUUUUGGUGACUGGCUUGGAGACACAACCAUCGAACAUUACAUUGAAGGUGAAGGGAAACCUCUCCACUGGCUGGUGGAACAGUGUGGGAGAAGGUACCACGUUCUCAAUAACAAGAACCAAGUCAAUGGGUCUCAGGUCACUGAACUUUUGGAUAAGAUUGAGGAGAUGGUGGCAGGAAACAGCAGCCAGCUUUACAACACAGAUAUAAAGAUUUUUGCAGAAAUUGAAGAGAAACUGAAGGCAGAGGAGGAAAGAGCAAAUGAGAUGCAUCUUAGGGCCCAAAAACAAAGAGAAAGUCUUAAAACAUUUAUGGGGCAAAUACCAAUCCCAACUGAACUGGGAAUGAUCCUGUUGGGUCGUAGGCACUCAGGUAAGAGCUCCACCGCAGACACCAUUGUGGGAGGUGAGGAAUGCGAGACUGGGGGCCAAGUCACGUGUCCAGUGGUCCGGAAGGUAAAAAUUAAUGGAAAGAUGGUGACCGUAGUGGAUAUGCCUGGCUGGGAAUCUGCACACCCCAUGUCUUCAAAGUCCAAAAGGCAGUCUCUCACUGACUGUGCAUCUUUCUGUGCCAGUGGAAAUGGGGUACUUCUGUUGGUUGUGAACAUCAGUUCGGCAUUCUCCGAUGUGGACUUGGAAGCUGCCACGGCUCACAUGAGGAACUUCUCAGAUGAGGUGUGGCAAAGCACCAUGGUCCUGUUCACCAAUGGAGACUGGCUUGGAGACACCACAAUCGAGCAACGCAUUGAAAGUGAAGGACAUGCACUCCAGACGCUUGUGGAGAAGUGCAGGAACAGAUACCAUGUUCUUGACAAUAAGAAUAGAGACAAUGGCGCUCAGGUCAGGGAGCUGCUGGAGAAGGUAGAGUGGAUAAUGAUGGAGGAGUGGCUGCAGAACAAAAUAAAAGGAGAGAGGAUAGAAAGGAUUUCCACAAAACACAAUCUCGAGCCAGGUGGAGCAUCACAGAUGAAGGGAGCUAGAAGAAUAGGUCAGAACGAUGGCCAAACAUCUCCUAAUGUGUGUGAAUUUGACAGGUCAGGGGAGUGUCACACACUACAACUCAAAGGGACUCCAGAAGAUCCUGACCAAAUAGUUUUUCCUUUAGAGAGUACAGAGAAUAUGGGGUUAUUUGUCAGAAAAACUUUCUUGGAAGGAGAGUCAGCGGGAGCAGGCCCCAGGACCUCAGUAAUAAUGCAGCUAAGAAAUGGGGAAAUAUGGAGAAGGCCAAAUGGUGGAAGACCAGUAGUGAUCAUCAACACAUCUGAAUGGAAUCAACACAUCUGCCCUGGAAUCCCUGAGAACUUCAUGGGUCUAAAUGAAAUGGAUGGGCCUUUCUUGGGGCCACAUGCUUUGUUCAUAGUGAUACCAGCAGAGGAGUCUGUGAGUAAGUCACGGAUGUUAGCUGAAUCACAGGGGGACACAUUACAAGACCAGUCCCUCAACCAGCUCCCAAGCAUUCCAUCCCCAACAAACAAAAUCAGAGAAAAGGUCUUAAAAGAGUUUGUCCAAUCAGGCAACCUCCAGGACCUUAUAGACCAAUGGGGAAGCAGUAACAUUGAGGAGCUGGAGGCGUUUAUAGAUUCGUACUUUGAGAUGGUCUGGCAGGACACCAUGGAAUCAGCAAGGGCAGAACAAAAUAGCAUGGUCCCCACAGGUACCAUCCAGGACAACAGGAUGGUCGACAUAGACCCUGAUGUCCUGACAUCUAUUGACCAGAAGCUCUCAAAACUGGAAGUUCUGGAUGAAAUGAAGAGAGACCUGCAUGAACUGAGAAAGAGUGUGGAGUACAGCAGCCAGAUCACACAGCAACUUAAGGCCAGUUACAGAGAAGACAAUUGUCCUAAAAUGCCCUCUGAAUCCCUGGUGGCUGGUGAACAACAAAAGGACAGCACAUGUAAUGUCUCAAAAUAG